AAAAAAGCAUGCCAUUUCUAAGAAUGUGCAAUUAAUUGAAAAAGUUAAGCUCAUCCUUGGUAAGAUAGAUGGCUGAGGAGGAUGGAUGUCCCCACAAAGGAUCUGGUGAACAAGCAGGUUGGCAAACGGAUUAGCAGCCUCACAAACAUCCCAAGUCUAGGAUUCAAAUGGUUGCUACUGAUCUGUUCAAAUUCUAGAAGAAUGUUGUUAUUGAGGAGACAAGUAAAGAUGGCAAGAAAAGUAGCAGUUCAACGAAAUAACCCUCACAAAAACUGAAACCAAGUCCGAGAGAUCCGAUGCUGCCAAAAUCGAAAAAAUUUCAAAAUCUGGUUCAUCUAAGAUUAACAUGCAUUCAAAAUCCGAAAGCCUGAAGCUCGAAAAUUUCUCUUCAGACAGAUGCUCGGUUUCUGAGAAAAUUUCUCGAUCAGAUGCCAUCAAAAUUGAGAAAACCAUGAAAGAUGAAUCAGCCAGUUUGUCUUAUGAAAGAUGCAAUAAAAUAGAGACUAUCAAAGUGGAAAGGUUCUCUAAGGAAGAGAAACAGACAUCAUUUUCCAAAAACCCUUCCAUUCCCACUGGACCUCCAAAGCUCACUGCAAUGGUAAAAUGUAACGAUCCUGUGAGAGACAAACUCAGGGAACUCCUUGCAGAGGCUUUCGUAAAGGUUUCAGAGGAGGCAAGUGAGGAUUUGAGGGAUGAAGUGAGAGACGUGGUUGAUGAAAUAAACAUAUGUGAUCCAAUUCGUGUUGCAGUUACUGUAGAGUCGGCGAUGUUCGAAAAGCUAGGACGGUCGAAUGGUGCACAAAAAGUUAAAUAUAGAUCAAUAAUGUUCAAUCUGAAGGAUUCUAAGAACACGGAUCUUCGCCCUGAGAGGUUCAUCACCAUGACAGCAGAAGAGCAGACUAGCGACGAGAGAAAAACAUCGAAUAAGCUCCAAGAGAAGGCUUUAUUUAAUUCUGAAAGAGGAGGGCCUCCGAAAGCUACAACCGAUCAGUUUCGAUGCGGUCGAUGUGGACAGAGAAAAUGCACUUAUUAUCAGUUGCAGACUAAAAGUGCUGAUGAACCAACGACAACUUUUGUGACUUGCGUAAACUGCAACAAUCACUGGAAGUUUUGUUGAGAAUCAGUGCCGUGAUAGUUUAUAAAUGUGAGGAAGUUUAUGGACCUCCUAUUUCUUUUGUUGUUAUUUGAAUUAGAUUAUUUAGUUCAUUUACUGUAACAUGGCUUAAAUUCGUCAGUCUUCACUUUUAAUGAAUUUGUCUCUUACAAUAAUUUAAUUAUCUCAAUG